CAAAGGCCGGGCCGUCCGGCGACCGCAGCGCGGUCUUCCCCCUCACGGAUGACAAGGAGUCCCCAGCAGCGUCUCUUUUACGCGUUUCCGCCAAUCCCCAGAAAAACAAUCUCAAAACUCUUUGCUAAAAAGUUAACAUCCAUCGUCACCAUCCCUUUCUCACUUGCAAGCAACCCCAACUUUGCUCCCCUCUGUCCUUUGCCUCUCUCCUCAUAAAACUCAACGCGAACACAAACCCUAUUCUACUCUCACUCUUCUCUCCAUUCCCACCAAAUUCUCACCAACAAGAGAUACAAGGCAUUCAAGUCACGCUCUUUACUCCCCUUUGGAAAGGCCAGUUUGUCACACAACUCUAACUUUCUGAAGACAUUAAACAAGAAAGCCAAACAGACGGUUGAGAGAUGCUACCAAACCCUACUUAGCAUUACCAUCUCUUCAUUCCAAGAGGAUUUCUUAGGCUGGGUAAGCAGAGGAGGUGAUCGACGAGGAUGACGAAGAGCACGAACGGGCCUGACUCUCACCGAGAAGCACCAAAAAGGCCGUGGGACGAGAUCAAGGGCAGCCUCUACUUGAGCACCGCCUCUCCUUUGUACCCGCGGGUCACCGGCGGUGCAAGUGCCAUGCGUGCACUGCCUCCUCCGGUUCCCAACCACCGGAAGCUCCUAGGGCUGUCGGCCCUCGGCGACGACGUGGCAUCCACCGUCGUCCCUCCGGUCACCGUCGUCCGCGAGGGCCGCUCCAUCUGCCACCGCAUCUAUCUCAACAAGCACAGCAGCUACAGGAGCUUGGCGAUGGCCCUGCGACGCAUGUUUGUUGAUGUGGACGACAAAGAAGACCUUGGUCAUGGGGAUGGGACCGACGGGAUCGACCUCUCCAACGCUGUGCCAGGCUACGUGGUAGCCUACGAAGACAUGGAAGACGACCUUCUCCUUGCCGGUGAUCUCAAUUGGAAGGAUUUUGUCCGUGUGGCUAAGAGAAUUCGGAUAAUCCCGGCAAAGGCGAGCCGCCGGAAGCACUGCCAAGGGCCAUGAGUGUGACUGAUCAGAUGCAAUUCGCAUGCACCCCCGUUGUAGGCUGUGAAGUUCGUAUUCCUUUUUAUUUUAUAAUUUUGUUCUCUUUGGAGGUGUCUCUCCUAUGGAGUAUAUGAUUCGAUGUGGUAUGAUAUGAAACAAAGGUUUCCAUUGCAAAAUAAGAGAGGUACAAAGAGACGGUGUCGGCCGCUGUUAUAAAAUUGAUGGAUGUGACGGGUUGGGUGCAUGGGUUUUCCAGUUGGUGCGCCGUUUCCAUCCUUAGAUGCUCGAGUCCUUGAGUUUGAAUCAUCCUUUGUUAUUAUUAUGUUAAUUUUUAUGUACGUCGAGUUGAGUUCGAAUCCUCGAGGCCUAAAAUGGCUAAUUUGCAUCCAAAUUAAGCUAAUAUGAAGCUUAGUAGUUACCCAUAAAUAGCUAUUGAAGACAAGUUUGGUGCUGAUGGUACUGGCAGUGAAUGUUGAUACUUUAUGCCAUCUAAGUAGUAGUUAUGCUAUCUCUUUCGCAUCAAAGUGCGAACCACCACAUUUAGUAGGGUUGGUUGCAUGUAUCUAUCUAAUGUUGGCUGUUAAACAAAAGCUAGCAGUUUAAAGUGUA